AUGAAGCUCACUGCCACCCUCUCCCUGGUCACACUGGCUCUCUUGUACAGCUCUGCUUCUGCAGAGAUCUGCCCUGGCUUUCUACACAUCAUCGAAAACGUCUUCAUGGGCACACUGUCCAGUUAUGAGACUGCUGUGGAACCUUUCAGCCCUGAUCAAGACAUGAGAGAUGCGGGAACCCAGCUGAAGAAGCUGGUGGACACCCUCCCCCAGAAGGCCAGAGACAGCGUCAUUAAGUUCACGGAAAAAAUAGUCAAAAGCUCACUGUGCAAUUAG